AUGGCAGACUGGAAGGCGCAGGUAACCUACAACUACAACCCCUCGUACCAUACCUACGCGUACGGCCUCGUGUAUCAACCCGCACCCGAGCAAAACCACGGAAACCCGACCGGCUGGGCCGAAGCCACGGAUUUGAGCAACUACAACGGCGGAGUAACGCAAGCCUACUACGCCACCACCGCCAGGGCCCGGGAAGAACCGCAGCUUCACAUCCCGGAGCAGCACGCAGUGAACGGCCACGGCCACUACCAGGGCUCCGGGGUCGUCUACCUCGGCGAAACGCAGACUGGUCGUGUGCUCCUAACCGGAUCUCACCUGACCGCGUACGACCCGCGGACAAAUGAGAUCAGGCAGGCCGAAGGGGAAUCCACCAGCGACUCGGAGGUACACACCUCGCCAAAUUCGUGGAGUUCUGGCAGCAGCAGAGAAGGCAGUCUCCCCCAGACGGACCCUGUCAUUUGGGUGAAGAAAGACCUCUGCGAUGAGGCAAGCAUCAGAAGCCCGGAUGCCAGCGGGGACGUCGCUGUGACUCUCGCAGAGGAGCCAGGGACCUUUUCCAUCACUGGGGACGAGGGAACCAACAACGCUACCUCGCUACAACUAUCCUUAACUGCCCAAAAUAAGCCAUGCACUGCUGCUGUAAUUAACCCCAAGGGAAAGGUGCGAGCAGCCUUCUCCGAGAGUCAGAUGAAUGCUCUUAUCCAGAGAUUCGGUGUUCAGAGGUACCUCACCCCGGCUGAAAUGAAGAACCUAGCAGAACUGACGGGGCUGACCUACAAACAGGUUAAGACGUGGUUCCAGAACCGAAGGAUGAAGCUAAGGAGGCACCAGAAGGACACUGGCUGGGUAUCUGAGCGCUACAAUAAAUGCAGCCCGAUGCGUACAAACAUGUACGCCAACGUUGCCGCACACAUGCCACCUUAUCAGGGAGAAGUCCGGCCUCAGCUCAAGGAGCAUUACAACCAGCACACGAUAAAGACGACUCCCCAGAACAUGGCGUUCUACCUUGCUGCGAUGGGAUCUGCUGCUGGAUCCGCUGGCUACCCCUCCUGGUCCCCCAGCUCAUCCCAAGCGGCAAUGCCUCCCAGGUCCCAGGUGGCUGGCUGGUCCGUGCCCCCUGGUGUCGGCCAUGAAUACAAUUCCAAUGUAUUCCACUCAGCCAGUGCCACCUCAGUAAAUAACACGGGACCAGACACAAGCUUCGACGGCAAAGAAGGGGAGCCUGUCGUCAACCACGGGCCCGUGAACAUGUCUGGUUCACAAUGGCGUAUGGGGAUUUGCUAA